AUGGCAUCAUCAGAUGUGCAACAGUAUCUGAUAACCUAUAUGAGAAGUUUAUGCUGUGAUGUAGUGGACAUCUGGGAAGCCAUUAGAAAGAGAGAGGGAAUCCAGUUACUUAUAUCUUUUCUAGGUUUAUCAAGUGAAGAACAUCAAGAUGAAGAUAUCCGUGCAUGUGUUGAAAGUGCUGAAGCUAUUCGUGCUUUCCUAUGGUUCUUGAAAACUGGUCGAACAAAGGGACAAGAAACCUCAGGGAAGGCACUAAUAAAGCUUAUACGCAAAGCAGAUGCUACCACUAUUAAUCAGCUACUAGCUCUGCUUUGGGGGGACACCCCAAAAUCAAAAGCCCACAUAAUUGAAAUUCUUAAUUCUUCAAAUGAGGAAGCACAGGAACAUGCAACUUCUGUCUUGGCUGACCUCUUCAGCAUUCGUCAAGAUAUAUGUGAUAGUCUUGCAACUAAUGAGGUUGUGCAUCCUUGCAUGAAGCUUUUAACAGGCAACACUCAAAUUAUUUCCACUCAAUCAGCUCGAGCCUUGGGUGCUAUGUCCAAGAACAAAAUGUCUUAUAUUGUAGAAGGGGAUGUGAAGCCUCUGAUCAAAUUAGCCAAAACAUCAUCUUCCAUUGAUGCUGCAGAGACUGAUGUAUCUACAUUAGCCAAAGUGAAGCGACUCCUCCUGCCAACUAAGCUUUCCAGUAGUACCAAUGAUGGCAAGAAAAUUACCAAAACCGAUGAUUUCACCUAA